AUGAAUAAUAAUACCCUUCCUACCCGAAAGAACCUCAGUAGAUGGGGAAUUUCAUCAAGUUCUGACUGCUCGUUCUGCUUACACCCUGAAUCACUUCUGCACGUUGUUGCCGGUUGUCAACAUUACUUGGAACGAUUUACUUGGAGACACGAUUGCAUACUAAAGUUUCUUGCAAAAACCUUUCAAAGUUUAAACGAAUGCAAAUUACUUGUUGAUCUUCCUGGAUUUGAAAGCCCCUCGAUUAUUACGGGUGAUGAAUAUCGUCCUGAUUUACUUGUCUCCACUUCAGACAAGCACCUCUACGUUGUUGAACUUACCGUAGGCUUUGAAUCAAACCUCACAAACAAUGUUAACAGCAAGAAAGCUAAAUAUAAUAACCUAAUUAGAGAACUAGAUCAAAACUUUACAUCUGUUAAAUUUAUAAAUCUUCCAGUCAGUUCGCUAGGGGUGUUUGACAAAGAAUGCCAUACAUUUGUAAAAAUGCUAAAUGAGUUAGGACUGGAUAAUCAACACCAACAAUAUUGUAUCAGAAAAAUGAUAUCUAUUGCCAUCCGAUCAACGUACUACAUAUUUUGCUGUAGAAAUAAAGAAUGGACAAAUCCCGAA